GGAAGGAAAGCCACUAUAGGAAGAACAUUCAGCCCAUCACAGAGAAAAAGAAACACGGACCAUGUCGGGAAUACAGGCAGUUCUGAUUACCUUGCUGCUGUGUCUCCUGAUUCUGCUCUUUCUGAAACAACUCCGUUCGCGCAGGUCCUACCCUCCUGGGCCUCUUCGGCUUCCUCUCAUCGGAAGCCUUUGGAAAUUAGGAUUCAGGCUCUCCAAAGAUACUUUCAUUAAGCUGGCUGAACAAUAUGGAAACAUUUACACGCUGUGGCUGGGACCUUACCUUGCAAUUGUCCUGUCUGGCUAUGAAGCAGUGAAGGAAGGGCUGAUAAACCAUGAAGAUGACUUUGCCGAUCGGCCGGUGACCCCUUUCGUGAAAGCUAUAGGAAAAGAACAGGGUAUUAUAUUCUCAAAUGGCCACACGUGGAAGCAACAGAGGAAGUUCGGGCUAGCCACCAUGCGGAAGCUGGGACUGGGGAAGAAAGGCGUGGAGCACCAAAUAGAAGAGGAGGCCCAUCAGCUUGUUGAGACUUUUGCAUGUGCAAAAGGGCAACCAUUUGACUCUUCAGUGCCCAUCACUAUUUCCGUCUCCAAUGUGAUCUGUGCUGUGGCUUUUGGACUUCGGUUUUCAGUUGAAGAUAAAGAAUUCCUCAAGAUGGUGGCAGCCAUUGACUUGUGCAUCAACUGUGUUACUGAGCCAUCUCAUGGUACUGACCCCAUUUGACAUUCACCUUUCCUGUAGUUUUAUGACACUUUCCCAUGGCUCAUGAAAUAUCUCCCGGGGCCUCACAGGAAGGCACUUGCCUCCAGUGAUGUUAUACAUUCUUUUGCAAGGAAGGAGAUCGAAAAGCAUAAGAAGCAUCAGGAGGCCCACGAGCCACAAGAUUUCAUUGAUUUCUAUCUAUAUCAGAUUAAAAAAAGCAGGAUUGACCCCGACUCUACUUACAAUGAAGACAAUCUGACUCAGUGUAUUUUCGACCUCUUCGUCGCAGGAACGGAAACAACAGCCUUGACAUUGCGAUGGGCAUUGCUCCUCAUGGCAAAUCACCCAGAUAUCCAAGAGAAAGUCCAUAAGGAGAUCGAAGAUGUUUUGGGUUCCUCUCGAACAUUCAGCUAUCAAGAUAGGAAGAAACUGCCAUAUACCAAUGCUGUGAUUCAUGAGAUCAUGCGUUCCCAAUAUAUCUUAUUAUUUGGUGUCCCCAGACAAUGUACAAAGGAUGUGAACAUAUUUGGUUUUCUCAUUCCAAAGGAGGCCCAGAUAUUUCCAGAUCUACGCUCUGUUCUUCUUGAUCCUAAGCAAUGGGAGAAACCUCAGGAGUUCAACCCCAAUCAUUUUUUGGACCAGGAUGGAAGAUUUGUAGAAAGAGAAGCAUUCCUUCCAUUUGGUGCAGGGGACCGUGUCUGUCUGGGAGAGCAGCUGGCGAGAAUUGAGACUUUCAUCUUCUUCACCACCCUGCUGCGGGCGUUCACCUUCCAGCUGCCAGAAGGAGUAAAGGCGCUCAGCACAGAGCCUAUCGUUGGGGUAUCACUGUCUCCCCAACCGUAUAAACUCUGUGCUGUUCCCCGCUGCAGUGCAUCCUAAACUACACAGAACGUAGCUCCUUUGUUACUGCCAAUUUCUCUUUCAUUCCUUUUGCUUCAUCCUAAUCCUGCUCUCACCUGCUCAAUUCAUUCUGUCUUUGGUUUCUCUGUCAGAGCAAGACGAAUGCCUCCUCGGGAUGGAAUCCAGGCAGAUCUGUGAUGUUCCUAAUGGUUCACUUAUUAGUAUUACAUGGCAAAUGUAUCAGGAUAUGUGGUUAAUACAGCAGAGUGUGAUACAGCAGAGUGUGAUACUGCACACAGUAAAAUAGAUCUCUCAAGAAGUAGAUUGCCAAAUUAAAAUUUACUUCAGUUAGAUUCUGUUCACAUUCAGGUUGCAAUCAAAAGCAGCAGAAAAUAGUAAGGGUGAUUCUGCAUUGGCUUUUCCCUCCAUUGUUUUACGAAACCAACCUCGGAAGAGAAAUUCCCCUCAGCAUUGCAUUCCGCUUUCACUUUCCAUGAUCAUCGGGUUUUAUGGUACCUUCCGCAUAGAUUUAUGGCCGUUCAGGGGUGUCUUUGCAGCCAGUCCGGCGUUGCCCCAAGGCAUUUGAAUGUAGUUUUGAGCUGCACUUUUCCCUCCCAGUUGAGAAUAUUGACAAAUAAUUUGCAGACAUUUUGGGUUUUGCUGGACUGAACUGGGACUUUUGUUAUCGCAUUAAAAUGGGUGAUCAGGACACACAGAAAAAAAAAA